AUGUCGAAGCGAACAAGUGCGGGCGCCUCCAAUGGUGGCCUGGACAAGGACGCUGCUCUCGUGAAUCAGCCUGCUGUCGACAAGCAAAAGACGUUGCUCUCCGCUGACGUUGGUCACUUUUCCCUCGUCCGCGCCAUGCAUUUGGCCGAUCUCAUCACCCUCAUGAAUGGCUUUUGCGGCGUCAUGUCCAUCUUCUCUUCGCUGCGUUACUGCCUCCAUGUCGACCCCACUGCCCACGGAAAUAUCUGGCUUGCUCUUUACUUCCUGCCCUUUGGCUUCUUCUUCGAUGCUUUCGACGGCAAGGUCGCGCGCUGGAGGAAGAAGAGCAGUCUCAUGGGCCAAGAGCUCGACUCUCUGGCUGAUCUGAUAUCCUUUGGUGUCGCGCCCGCCAUGGUCGCCUUCACCAUUGGUCUCCGAUCGCUCGCCGACACGGUCGGCUUGACCUUUUUCGUCCUCUGCGGCCUGACCCGACUCGCGCGCUUCAACGUCACCGUCGCCGUCCUUCCCAAGGACGAUACAGGCAAGAGCAAAUUUUUCGAGGGCACCCCGAUCCCGACCUCACUGGCUCUCGAUGGAGUAAUGGCUUACUGGCUGUACAAUGGCUGGAUUCUCGAGAGCGUCCCCUUUGGCGUCUGGCUGCAGGGUACACCCCUCGAGUUCCACCCCGCUGUGCUCCUGUUCAUGAUCCACGGCUGCCUCAUGACCAGCAAGACGAUCCGCAUACCUAAGCCUUAA